AUGUUACCCCAACUCUACCGGGCGCUUCGCCGUGAGCUUGGAAUCAUCAACAGAAAGUCGCACGAGGUCCAUUCGGCCAAGGAGCUUGAACGGGUCAAAGCUCGCUUACAGUACCAAAAAAUCCAGCUUAUACGAGCAAAAAAGCCCAUUUCGGAAAUCGAAAAUGAAAUAAAUUCAAAAUUAGCCGCCGCUUCUAGGCCUCCUAAGGUCAAAACUGAUGUGAUUCGGUCACUUAUAGCGGAAUCCCCCGACCAUUUGCCUAAAGUUGGUAUUCAAAACUUGAAAAAUGUUGCCGUUUUUCUUAAAUCUCAACGAACUUAUAACGAACUCAUCGAACGCUAUAACCCGGGACUCACCAUGAGCCAGGAGGACAAUGUUAGUAAGACUGCUAACCGGGUGGGCCUCCAGGUUCCAAAGUAA